AAGGAGAGAAUUUCGUGGAGGGAGAUGGUUAAAAAUUAAAAUAAAUAAACACACAGAACCCUCCUUUAUCUUUCCAUCUCCUUCUCUUUUUCUCUGCAACUCCCUUCCCUUGAUGUGAUUCUCCACCAUAUCUCCCAAAAAAGAACCCUAUCGACCUUUACAAAAGAGAGAAUUAAAGCUCAAGCACCAUGGUCUUCUCAUCCAUUCCAGCCUAUCUAGGUUCACGCAAUUGGCAACAGCAACCUAAUAACCAACCUCCAGGAGCUGGAUAUGAAAACCCUCAACUUCCACCUCAGCCGGCACCACCUCCAAGUGGUGGCUAUGGUGAUGGAAGCACAGGUUCAAUCAGGCCUGGCUCGAUGAGUGAUCGAGCCAGGGUAGCCAAGACUCAACUACCUGAAACAGCCCUUAAAUGUCCAAGAUGUGAAUCAACAAAUACCAAAUUUUGUUACUUCAAUAAUUAUAGCCUCUCCCAGCCUCGCCACUUUUGCAAGACUUGCAGGCGAUAUUGGACUAGUGGAGGUGCACUAAGGAACGUGCCUGUUGGCGGUGGCUGUAGAAGGAAUAAAAGGAGCAAAGGAAGCGGUAGAUCAAAAUUUCCAAUUAAAGCAGUCUCUAGCUCAGGUGGCGGACUUGCUUCUAAUUUUUGCACUGCUGAUAUUCUAGGGCACAUGCCCCCUCCACUGCCACAGCUACAGAUCUUGCCACCGUUGCAUCAUCUUGGUGACUUCAAUUCCGCAGGUAUUGGGUUAGAUUUUGGUGGAAUUCAGCAUUCAAUAGGGGUAACAGCUGGUGGAGGUGAUGGCGUAGAAUUUCAGAUUGGCAGCAGUACUAGUUCAAAUGGUGUUGCUGGGUCUAUUUUAUCUAGUGGGCUAGUUGAGCAGUGGAGAUUGCAACAAGUUCAUCAACAAGUGCAGCAAUUUCCCUUCUUGUCUAAUAUGGAACCACCGAGUGGUUUGUUUUCAUUUGAGGGUGGAGGAAUUGAAUCAUCAAAUUAUGCCGAUCAGAUUCGGUCCAAGCCGUUGGACACUACUGGGGCUACUCACCUAGCUACAGUCAAAACGGAAGAGAAUCAAAGGCUGAAUUUAUCGAAAAAAGUUUUGGGUAUCUCAGGAAUUGAUCAACACUGGGGUGGAAACAAUGCAUGGACUGAUCUUCCUGGUUUCACUUCUUCUACAAGCCAUCUAUUAUGAUUUUGAUGUGUUUUUCUGUCAAAAACUCCACCCAAUCUUGGUGUUUUCUAUUGUACUACCACAGGUUCAGUGAAGACUGGUAAUCAGCUUGAAGAUAAAAGAGAACUUUCAAGUUUCAAUCAAUUAUCCUAACUUCGCAAGUUCAAUUACUAAAAUCUUUAAGUUGAGCCACGUAAAGGAUGGAUCAAAGAACUUGUCUACUCGCGAUCUACUGAAUUCGAGAACUUGGAAAUGGUAGGCCUCUAGUCUUGAAGUUUAUUUUUCUGCUGGCAUCUUUUUCCUUGUAUUCUAUGGGAUUAUGUUACAAAUUUAGGGUAUAUGUUUCCAUGGAGUUGGAUAUCUGACAUGAAGCGCUUAAAUUAUUACAAUUGGCCUAUCUAUAUAUGCAGUGUACUAAGGUAUUUUCCUUGAGAUGAUAUGUGAUUUUUUUUUCUUUAUUUUGC